UUAAAUGUUUUGAAGAAGAUUCUCAGUAACAAGGAAAAAUGUGAAAUAUUUUUUAAUCGUUUUCCUUUUGAAAAGCUAUUGAGUAUUACAAUCAUGGAUGAAAAUAGCUUAAUGUUGUGUAUUAAAAUUGUUGAUUUGUUCAGCGAAUAUGACGAUUUUUAUUACUACGACGAUGGAUUUAAAUACACCUUGGAAUUUAUUUUGAUCAAUUUGUCCCAAAUUGGAGAGGAUCGCACAGAAGUCGUUGACCUUUUUCACCUUUUAUCGAAAAUUUUGCAAAACACUAUAAAAUCAAUAGAUGACACUUUUCAAAAUCUUUUUGAUAGAGAGAGGAUAUUGGAAAUAAUGUUAAAAAUGGGAGACUUUGAAACAUUGCGGAAAUGUGAUUUCAUGCCAUAUGCUUUAAUUUUAAGAAAAUUAUUAGAUUCGGAUUUUCCGGAUACGUUGAAUGGUCUUGUUUCUGAUUUAUUUGAAAAACUUAAACAACAUGGAGCCGUUUUACAGUUAACGGUUAUUACUAAAUAUACGCUUCAGAGAAAAACAAAUUUUUUUUGCGAUGCAUUUCAAAAUGUGUGGCAGUGGUUAAAAGAAGAAGCUCCUGUUUUAUUAGUAAAGUGUAUAAAUGUUGACAUAAGAGAAAACAUAUUACAAAUUUUGAAUACUGUUUUCGAAAAUUGUUUCAAACACAAUAUUUUGACUUUGCACUUUUGUCACAAAAGCUUGAGAAGAAUUGUAAGUGACAUUUGCUUGCUUACAUCUAAUAUCCGAUUAAGAAAUGAUUCCUUUAAAUUAUUGGAAUUUAUCCUAUUGGAAUUUUUUGAUGAAAAUAAGAUUCUGAAUUUGACACCAAAUGAAAUGUUUAGCCAACUUAUCACUCUUCCUGAAGAAGUCAAUGACUGGGCCAAGUCUAAUAAUGACAUUUUUUUCUGUAUUUGUCACCUGUGUUUUUGCUGCAGCAGAAUGUUGUGGAAAGUAUCACACGUUUUGGAUGGUAUAAGAAAUCGUUUUUAUAGUGGACGCAACAAUGUUAAACCAUAUGUAAUAAAAUCGAUAUAUUAUCUGUUUCCAAAGCUCACAUAUCACGACAAAAAUGUCGAUUUGUGCACAAACAUGUUAGGCGAUGAUCUUCUCAAAGAUUUCACACAAUUGAGUUCAUGUUCGUAUUUGUAUUCAAACAGUAAGUGGCAGUUGUUAUGGAUACUUGAGAAAGCCCCCAAAUGCAUGAAACUGAUGGUUCUGGGUCACUGGUUAACUACAAUUGAAGACAAUCAAAUUUCCGAAGAGAUACUUCUAAAUACCAUCAAAACCACUAAAACUGAAUCACUUCUCCUCGAAUUUAUCUUGCACAAGAAUUUUAGAAAGCAAUUUGGUUCAAGAUCAGCUUCACUUUUGCGUAAACUUGAAAAUAAUGAAGUUCGACGAAAUGUAGCACUGAUUCUUCCGUUCACUGUAGAUAAACCCACGAUUUUCUCUAAUUUGAUUCUUGCUGAACCCGGAGUACCUUUGAACUCCACUGACUCUACUUUGCUUUGUGCUAUUAUGGGGGCUGUAAUGCCGACUCUUAAUGAUUCUCAAGUGCUGAAAGGGGCUUGUGUGUUUAGUAGCAAGCUUUUGGCAAGUGGUAAAGACAAGCCAGAUUCGGUUCAAGCUUUUUGUAAAAAUGCAACAAAUAUUCGGCAUCUUGUUAAUAUAACAGAUAAAGUUGAUGAGGAAACAUCCAUCGAAAUUAUAAGACUGCUGAAAGUUAUAAUUCUGGUCCAACAAAAAAAUAGAGUCAAAUUCGAGAACAAGUUGACCGAGGAUUUUAAAAUAUUUAUGAAAGGUUCUUCAGAAAAAGUUGAAAAAGGUUUAAGGCUUCUUCGUCACUCGUUGACGUAUAAACACUCUUUGAUAGAGCAAGAUGUCCAAAGUAUUCUAGGACUCUAUCACAUCAUACUAAAUAACGGAUUCAUCUCUGAAUUUCAACCCAUGGUUUAUGAGUGUUUGGCACUAUUAUAUAAACGAAAAAGUAUGUUAGCCCAAACAAUUAGUAGUGCAAUUUUUAUAGAAAUGUCAUGUUUGUCCCCAAAUAAACAUAAUAGAGAUUUAUUGCGGUUAUUAGAGGUCUGGUUGGAUGUUAUUAGAGCUGAGCGAAGUGAGUGUUUUUGUACUAUACCAGAAAUCGCCAUUAAAAAUUUCAUAAUGAGGGCGUCUCUUGAUCAAGAUGUUGCUAAGAAGUAUUUACUAAUCCUGGAAUUCUUAAUGAAAAGAGCACACCAAACUAAGACCAAUAACAUAUUUUAUUAAUAAGAGACAUAGCUUUUAUAAUUUUUAACCUAUCU